GUGCGAUGUCGUCCGAGCCACAGCCAAGCACGUCCGGCGCGCACGCAGCCAGCGUCUACUCUCCUGGCUACGAGCCUGACUUCAUGUACGUGGAACAACCCCCCAGCAAUAGGAGUGAGUUAUCUCUAGCAGAACAGCCGAGCACAAGUAGAGGACCUUACGCCGGGUCCGCUGGGUACAGAAGUGCGAUGGCUCCCGCGCCGCAGCCGAGCGCGAGAGGCGCGCGCGCAGCUAACGUGCCCAGAGUCGAGAUUAUAGAACAGCCGGCUCGGUACAGAAGAUUCCGGUACCCAAGCGAGGUGGACUCAGCGGGCUCCAUUCGCGGCCAGCACUAUACGGAGGAGCACAGAACAUACCCCACUAUCAGGAUACUGGGCUUCAGAGGACGCGUCAUCAUCAUCGUGUGUACUCUCACCAAGGACAGCCCUGGGGCUUACAAGGUGCAUCCAGCGUGUCUAGUGGGUGAUAGUGAUAAUUUCAAGUAUCACAUACUUAAAGAAGAAGUUGAUGUAACUGAGGACAACUGCGUGUUUGAGUUCAACAACCUUCGCAUUCAAUACGUGUCAAGUAAGAACGUCGACCAAGAGCUCCAGUUGAGGAAGACACUUAGAAUUGAUCCGUUUAGACAGGGGUAUGGGCACAAGCGGCUAAGUAAGGAAGACCUGCACGCUGUGAGGCUGUGUUUCCACGUGUUCGAGAAAGGCGCGAGUCGCGAGCUGGCACCACCUGUCGUCUCUGACAUUAUCUAUGACAGCAAGUUCACUGGCGACCUGACUAUCAGGGACUUUUGCUACCACUCCGGGCCCACUACUGGCGGGACUAAAAUUAUUUUCGUGUCUAAACAGGUUUCAAAAGAGGACAUCGAAGUAUUCUUUUACGAAAUGGAAAACGGAGUCAUAGUGUGGGAGGCGCCGGCCACCGAAAUAAGAGUAUACGACAGGACUGCCAUAUCCUGUCUCAGCCCGCCUUAUAGGGACAGGAUCAUCAACAACGAUGUGCAGGUGUUCUACCACCUUCGGAGGCCAUCGCACAACAGCACCGGGUCCCCUGCGCGGUUCACAUACAGGGCAGAACAGGACGAUGAGGAAGUAGUAAGAGCAAAGAAACGCAAGUCAUUACUUCCCAUUGUGCGGGAGUAUAUAGAUUGGCAGCCGCCGGUAACUCCUCCACAGGACUACGCAAUGCAAUUUGAUCAGAAUGGGGAACCGCUACCUGGUCCAAGCCGACCUCGGACUGUCCACUCAGAUGCGUCUGCCAGCUACUCUGGCGCUCCUGUUUUAAACCGAGUCAACUCUGUCCGCACCAAUUUUGAGCAACUAAGCGUGCACCCCGAGCAACCAGAAUCGCACCAUGGGCAACCAGGAUCACAGUUUGCGCUUACGGGAAUGCAGAAUCUGCAACCGAAUUUGCCCCUACCAUCCAUUAAUGAAAACAACGAGGCUGCUAAUGAUAAUAACCAGGAAUCUCUGAACUUUGAGCAACUAUAUGUGCAUCCUGAGCAACCAGAAUCGCAUCAUGGGCAACCAGGAUCACAGUUUGCGCUUACGGGAAUGCAGAAUCUGCAACCGAGUUUGCCCUUACCAUCCAUAAAUGAAAACGACCGGGCUGCUGAUUGCAUUAACCAGGAAUCUCUGUCACCAACCUAUGGCAACCAAAAUGAUGAAAAUGACACCGAUGACGAAUUUGACUUGGAUGAUAUCUACUUAAAUGGUUGUUUCGAUUAAGUUAUUGCCUAGUCUAGUAUUUCUUUAUUAUAACAAAGAAACAUCGCUUAAUGUCUAAGUUAUAAAGAGUAUAAGUAGUAGAGCAUGG